AUGGCGUCGCUGACCGAACACCACCAGCAGCACCACCCAGCGCUUUUCCAGCAGCAGUCAGGGCCACUAGCGGCGAUUGGGGUAGCAGGAGCCGCCGCGCUCCAGAACACCAUGGUGGCCUAUCCCCGGCAACCACUCCCCGCGACUCGAGGCCCCGCGGUGGUGACUUCGCGAGCACUGCUAGCGGCCCCCGGGGCGGCAGUGCGGGGUCCAGGGAGCCCUUCGCCGCCCUUGCCUCACGAAGGGUGGCCCUCUCUGCAGGCGGCGACGGCAAGCUUGGCCCCCGGGGCAACAGUCGGAGGCCUUCCUCGCGCUCUUGCAAGUCCCCCGCCACCCCCAGGAGUCAUUGACAUUGACGGGGCUUGCCAGCAGUACCAGCGCCAGCCGCACCAAGCGCCGUCGAUGCAGAUGCAGCCACACAUGCAGCACCAUCACCAGCAGGUUCGAAUGCAGCCAUAUCUCCCGCUGCAGCAAGUUUUCCCGCAACAUCAGCGGCAGAUGCGGCCUAUCCCGCAACAGCAACAGCAGCUGAUGCCGCCAUCCAGCAUCCCCAUGGGGCCUGCGAUGUUCAACCAGCCCCCCACGCAUCACUUUCAGCACGUGGGCAUGACUCCGGGUGUCGUGCCCAUCCAGCAACAACAACAGCCAUUCCAAGGGCAGAUGGUGGGGCCGUCUCAAGACUUGUACAUGGCGCAGUUGCCGGGGGGGGCGCAGAUGGGACGGGAUCAAGGGCCGGCUGCCAACGAGCAACACACGAAGUGGACCCUCAAGCUGCACAGACGGAGGAUUGCGGUGCUGAAGAAGCGGCGACGGGCGGAAGUGGCAACCGGGGCCCAGCCAGCAGCAGGCGCGCCGCGUCCGGGGGAGACGGACGGGGCGGGGUCUCCUAAUUGUUCCCCCGCGUCGCCCGGUGGGUUCCGCCCCUUGCCGCUGGGCUCGAGCGUCGGGGAUGACUCGGGACACGUUUCGAGCAAGCUCGACCGAUGGACUGUAUCUCUCGGGGGAGCGCUUGCCUCCAACACGGAGGUGUGCGAUUACGUCACGAAAGGCAAGUAUGGCGUGGUUUUGAGUCUCGGAGAGGACCCGGAACCGCCAGUGGUCGACUUCGGCGACGUCGCCACGGUGGUUCCGUCUCCCCGAGAAGGAAGGAAGGGGGGGGGACGCGGACAGCAGCCUCUGGCUGAAAACGGGCAAGACCAAGCGGCCAAGGGACCCUCCGAGUGGGAAGCGACGCAGCACGCCGACUCCGUGUGGGGGGCGGGGUGGGGGCAGGACGGACAGCCGACGCUCGGUAACGGCGGGAUGCAAGGGCGAGAGGACGGGGACGAGGAGGAGGAGGACGGCGAAUACGUUCCGCAUGGGGCGAGGGGGGUUACGAGGGACGGCGUCACGGGCAGCACGGGACGGGCCGCCAAGGUCGAAAGCACCCCCAGCAUAAGCUUCGGUGAUUUCGAGGAACGGGCUGCUCAUUGGGAGGACGAAGAAGACGACGAUGACGAUGAGGACGGCACCGGUGGAUCGACCGGCUCGGGCAAGGAUAACGUUGCUUCCGGGUCUGGGGACGCGUUGUCUCCGACAAAGGGGGACGCGCAGAUGGGGGAGGCAGAAGGCGGCGAGGGGGAGGAGGAGGAGG